CAGUGGUGACUGUCUAUAUACGGAAGACAAGACAGUUUGGCAUAGACUGUUUCACCCCCCCAUGCUUGUGAAAUGAGAAGUUACGUUAUAACAGUCGUGUAAAUGGUCGACUGAGGACAGUGACUACAGAUUGUUUUCUCACUGAAAGCUGAUUUACAGCAGAGGAGCCUCGAUGAGGAAACAGCGAAAGAAAUAACCAAAGUCCCUUGUGGCGAGAGCAACAGCUUCUCUUCACCGCCCACCGACGUUACAUGCGAGCAAAGCUGAGAAGAAAAGGUGCAACAACUCGUCUGAAAGCGUGGAAACAGUAGGUCUAUGAGACGGUGAAUCAUGCGAUUAACAGCCCCCCUUAGAGCCGUGGCUGUGCUGCUGCUGGUGGGGCUCACCUGGCUGUUAGCAAACACCUUAUUUGGAGGAGAGAGUGGUUCAUCUGUGCGGAGCUUCUUCAGCGGUGCAAGCGAGAAACCAACAGCUGCGGAACCCCGUCCUCGAAGGUAUAAAUGUGGACUUUCAGCUCCCUGUCCCCCAAAGCAUUUGGCUUUCCGCCUCGUGUCUGGUGCUGCAAAUGUCAUCGGGCCCAAAAUCUGCCUGGAAGACAAGAUGUUAAUGAGCAGUGUGAAGAACAACGUCGGCAGAGGACUCAACAUAGCUUUGGUGAAUGGGGUGACAGGAGAGCUCUUGGAUAUGAAGCCCUUUGAUAUGUGGGCUGGAGAUAUUUCUGACCUGUUGAAGUUUAUCCGGCCGCUCCAUGAAGGAACUCUCGUGUUUGUGGCUUCCUUUGAUGACGCAGCUACAAAGAUGAACGAUGAGGCUCGACGACUGUUUGAGGAUCUUGGGAGCACUGCAGUGAAGGAGCUGGCCUUUAGAGACAGCUGGGUGUUUGUUGGAGCCAAGGGCAUCGAGAAUAAGAGUCCCUUUGAGCAGCGUAUGAAGAACAGUAAGAGCAGCAACAAGUAUGAAGGCUGGCCCGAGUCUCUGGAGAUGGAUGGCUGUAUUCCUCUGCGGCCACCCCUGGAAGGAUAGUUCUGUCUGACACUCUCUCACAUACUGUACAGUAACACUCGGGGGGGGCAGCAGCGGCUCCAAAUGAAUGUUUAAAAAAGCCAGGGAAUGGCUGAAUGACUGAAACCGCCCCAAGAUCUGGGCCACAAACAACAUUUAAUUUCCCCCUCUCAUGGCUGUGGCAUGAGUUGACUGCAAAUAUUUUCUUGGAACUUAAUGUAUUUCAAUUUGCUGUAACUUGUUAUAAAGGUUUUGUGCAUUAAGCUUUGUGAGCCAUAUUUGAGCAGAUAUAAUAACGUAGAAACAAGGAUAUUGUUUGUGUUGGGUUAGGAGAAAACUUGAGAGGCCAAAUGUUUGAUCUAACGGUGACUAGUGAAUGGAUGCAGCUGGAGUAGGUCUUCCAAAGCCAUUGUAGGAUAUGGACGUUUCCUCUCUGCAAGCCUGUCUGCAUGGUGUCAAUAUUCAGAGCACGACAUGUGAUGUUCAGCAGGCGAAAUGCACACCUAACUGCAAACAAAAUCCAAGUUAGCAGAAGAAAAAAAGAAACGGUUGAGGUACACAAAUAGUUUAAAUGUCCUACUAGGCACCAGGUCUGUGUGCAGAUUUUAAUCUGUUAAUAUACUUUCAUCGUGUGAUCCAUAUUUCAGUGAUAUUGAUACUGUUAGCUACCAUUGCUUCCUUAGAACUUGAUGCACUACACUUAUUGCUUGCCACAUGUUUACAGAUUCCUUCAGGCAAAUCUGGCCUAGACCUUUAUUCCUCUGAUAAAACUAUUUAUUUUAAUACUUUAUUAGAAAACACAAGAGAUUGAUGGUGUGGGUUCAUCAUAACACUGCCUGUUGUUUCAAUGUUGUCUCAGGCCUGCAAGAAAUCUUCCAAAAGUGUGCUUUGGUUAAAGAUUCACCCUAAGUGUGUGGUUGUGUGUGUUGUCUUUUUGUAAAUGUUUAAUGUAUCCACCUGGCAUUUUGCAAGCCUAACAAUGAAGGAAAUAUACAGAAAAACACAGAUGGUUAGAUAUCAGUUUUAGCUGCCUUUGUCUGAAUUGUUUUAUGUUACCUCUAAGUGUAAAGAUUUUUAUACAGAGCAUCACAGCCAGUCUUUAUAAUGUGACAACAAUAAUGAUGAAUAAAAC